AGAGUGUGCCAAGGAACGCUGAAUACCGGCGCGCCAGUGUGGAGAGCGCAGUACACGCCGUUUGGCGAUGGACUCGUGACGAUUUCUUCGCAGCGGAUGGACAAUACGAUCCGCCUAUGGGCUCUUUCGCAUGGUGACGGGGACAGCGGCGGCAACGAAGAUGCGGGAGAUGUGAAUGUGUCUGGCACCAACGCAGGAUCUUCCGUCACGGCGGAGCUGGUGCACUCGUUUGCGGGUCAUAGUGAUUUGGUGCGCGGUAUGGCGUGGCGCGUUCGUCCCCAGACCAGCGUGUACCAGCUCGUGUCGUGGUCGAAAGAUCAGGAACUUCGUAUGUGGCACCUGGACGUCCCGCAGCUUGAAGCGUGCGGCUAUGACACAGCAUCGUAUUUGGCGGAUGUGGCGCCAUCGGAAGGUAAUAACACUAGCGCCCGCCAGCACACGGACGCCCGACGUAUGCUUCGUACCGAGUUUGCCGAGAUGCACGCGCAGCACUCGAAGUACAGUCUAUCGGCGCUGAAAACCGACUUUGUGCCGCUCGUGGUGCCAAAGUCUGCAGUGCCGCUGGGCACGGACGAGUACACGUUGGAGGGUAACGACAGCUCGCUCCAGGCUCUUCUUGCGCUUGAGGAGGAGCUGAUCAAGGGCGGCGAGACUCAACCUCAGCCUGCCAGUGGUGAAGAGGAUGCGCCAGUUUCAGGGACUGGAGAUAAGGAGGAUGCCCGCUCCGAUGAUUCCGCGAGUACGAAAGAGCGAGCUGCAAGUUCUAGUGGUGCAAGAGCACUGCCGUGUCCACGUAUCUCUGGAGCUGCCUUUAGUGGUCCUAACAUACUGCUGGUGUUUGAUUCACGCGUGGCCAUCGGACAAUCGAGGAGCUCAGCUGUUGUUCCCACGGCAGUCGCUGCUGGCAAGGGAAGCAAGCCGCAGCCACCUCCGAAUAAGCUACCGAGGACUUACGAGGAGUUGCUGGAUCUGAGAGACUCUCGAUUCGCGACCAAGAAGAACAAGAAGCCGCCAGUGAAGCUGCUAUCGUCAGCCAAUAUCAUGGGAUCUAUGGACGUUGGCGCCAAUGACUGGGCAGGACAGCAGCAACAAUCUCAGGAACUGAUCGAUGGUGGCGUCGUGGUGGGUGUGUUUGGAGACGAUGAUCACUCUGUAUCCGCGCAUGGUUAUCGUCACGCAUCCAUGUAUUAUUCAUCUGGAAGUGGCGGUGCAGGUGGAAACGACGACAUGUUGGCUGGAGUGAACGAGAUGGAGCCCUCAAUUCACGGAGGUUCUGAGUACCUGAAUACGUACUUUUCGAGUGCCGAGUAUCAUUUACCCGUGAAUAACCCAGAGCAUUUACUCUCCAUGCCGACGAGCACUACGGCUGGCCUCCAACUCUCCCCUCGAGCAUCCAUGCGCGCAAAUACUGCAGAGCGAAUGAAGCGUGUGGAGCAACCUGCGCCUGCUCUCAACCUGGAUCUUAGCAUCAGCGUGACUAUCCUGGAUCUGUCCAAGCUGUGCGGCGUGUCGUCCAUCUUGACGUACCAGACAGAUAUUUCGCCUCGCCCUGUGGCGCCGCCGACAGUAUCGCCUAAAGCCAGCAAAUCAACCAAGCGGAAGAAGGAGCAGCUUGGAUCCGUAAACCGGUCGAUGAUAUCGUGGAUGUUGCGUGCGGCAGAAGACAUGCCUGGCAAACGUGGAGUUUCAUCAAAGAACAACAACCUGACUCGAGUAUUGCAGGGUAUACUGGCCGACAGCGAGGCAGCAACCAAGAGCCAACACGAAGACGAUGACCCCGCGUUCGACGAAUCUUGUACCGCACUAGCUGCAACGUGCGCUCAAAACGCUCGGACUGCGCUGCUGGCCGGCCGAAGCGACUUGCAGCAGAUUUGGUCGUUAUUAGAGAUCUCAGCAGCUCCUGAGGUAGAGCUGCCUAUCUACAAGAAGAGCACCAGCUCUUCGACGUCGCUGUGUCUGCGAACCUCGCAUCCUUGGAGUGCACACCCGCUUGGGAAGAGCCUGGUACACAAAGUGCUGGACAUGUACGAGCAGGCAGGCGACGUUCAAGCGCUGGCGUCGAUCGUGUGUGCCUUGAAGCCGAACGAGCGCAAGGACCCGGAUGAGAUUCGCGACUCGAUGACACCCUCAGCAAUUACAAUGGAAGAUCAGCUCCCAGUGGUGCGUGAGGACCGGCGCGCAAGCAUCGAGGAGGUGGCAACUGGCGUGGGGAGCAGUGUGACGGGAAGUACAGCAAGCAGCGGCGGCUUGCGUCCCAGACGCUUGUCAUCGAAUGCUCUCACGCAACUGACAUUAGCCGAUUCAAGCGACGCUCCGCCUGUGAUGAGGAGUGCUCGCCGGUCGAGUAGCCACAGUGAAGCGCGCUCGCAGGGCCUGCCAAUCGAUAAGGACAACGCCUUACGUGCGUCGAAGGACUGGCCGCUGCUCAGCAGCGGCACGAACAGUGCCACGUCAAGUCGACAAUCGAGCCCGAUCCGAGAGCAUACGUUGUCCACUACCAGCACAUCAUCAACAAUCAACCGCGAUCUACAGACCAAGCAAUCAGCGCCAACAGGAAGCACAGGUUGGAAAAUGGACUUUGAGCGGCUGGAGAAUCCGUUCAAGACGUGGAGUGGGAGCGCCUCAAAGGACGCGCCACCACCUCGGCUAAGUGCAGACACGUUCCAGCCCCCGAUCCAAGCUGUCAAUGGCAAGUCACCGGCUCCGUCAAUGACAGUGACGGCAUCUCCAAGAGUUGACCCAGUAAUGUCGUCUCCUCUGCACACAUCACUCGCCACGACCAGCAGAGAAGAGGAGAUCAACGGAAACGACCGCGUGCUGUUGCAGUUGAGUUUCCGCUCUGUGGACGACGAGAAGUGCCUGCUAUCGUCGCUCCCCGAAGACGAGGCGCGCUAUGACAUUUACAAGGAGGCGUACGCAGACGUUCUCUAUCGCUACGGUGCUAUGAACCUACGCAACGAAGUGCUGAAGACCAAGUCUCACGGCGUGCAAGACCCUCGUGGCAUCUCCAUGGGCUUGAUCUGCGGCUCGUGCAACGCGGUACGUAUCCGACAGAGAGCGAUGCUCUCUAGAGUAUCUGCUGGUUAACCUCUUGUAUGUAUGUGUGCUGCUUCUUAUAGCGGACGAUCGACCCCGUGUGCUCGAGCUGUCGGGACUUCGCCGUCCGCUGCUCCGUGUGCCAGCUCGUGGUGCGCGGCCAGUCGAUGUUUUGCAUGACGUGCGGCCAUGGCGGCCACGCCGAGCACCUUCGCGAAUGGUUCGAGGUCGAGACGGCGUGCCCCACGGGCUGCGGCUGCUGGUGCAAGCAGGCCACUGCGACCAUGCCAGCCUACCAGCUGGAGCAGCUGGAGGACGACCACACCGUGGCGCCGUCCAGGUCGCACUCGUUCUAAUGAGGAGGCAAGUUGAAGUAGAUGGUCGGUCAUCAAUCACUGAAAUGGCUACAUUGGUGUAGUCGCACACCAAUUUGUCUUUUUAUUGGUUGGGAAGCCAGGGAAGAGUAUUGACCCGAGUCGAGCAGCUACAGAGGAGCACCAUGCGCGGCAGCGGCUUGAGUAUCGAGCGGUUCAUCAAGGGCAAGGCGCAGCGGUCCAAGAGCGAUGCGAAGAGCAAGAAGAAGGCCAUCAUCCACAAGGCGCAGCGCCGGCGCCAGUACGAGAAGGUGAAGAAGCGCGAGGAGGGCGCGGCAGCGGGCGGCGACGGCGACGCGACCGCCGGUUCGUCGUUCUACGACCGGUUCUUCAGCGAGCUCAAGAGCGGCAAGGUGGACGAGGACGCGGAGGAGGUGCGGCGCUAUGUGGUGUUUUAUUAUGCAGGGUUGUAGGCUCUAUAUACUGAUGAGCGACCUCGUGUGCGGAGCAGGUGGAGGCGCGU